AUGGCUUUUUCACACACUGGUUUUCUUGGGGAUCGCAUGACUGGCAAAGCGCUGGAGAUAGGCGUUUGUGCUACAGCGUCUGCUGGAUUCCUGCUUUUCGGGUAUGAUCAAGGCGUCAUGAGUGGAAUCAUUACAGAACCAGGUUUUCUGGCCGUCUUCCCGAAAAUGAAUAGUAAUUACAAGAGAGGGGCAAUUCAGGCGCUCGUUGUGGCCAUCUACGAGAUCGGAUGUCUGCUGGGCUCUUUCUUCAUCAUUGGCUAUGGCGACCGACUUGGUAGAAGACGCGCAGUCCUCGUCGGUGCCUUGAUCAUGCUUGUCGGAACAGCUAUACAGGCUUCAUCCACCACGCUCGCCCAGCUGAUCGUGGGACGAAUCGUGACCGGAGGAGGCAAUGGAAUGAAUACGAGCUCCAUACCAGUCUGGCAAUCGGAGAUAGCACCNCCCAAAAUUCGUGGUUUUUUGGUCCUCUUCGAAGGGGCGCUCAUAACAGCUGGUGUAGCCUUAUCUUAUUGGAUAAACUACGGGUUCUGGUUCUACGAUAAGAGCUCCUUCCAGUGGCGCUUCCCCAUAGCCUUCCAGUUCAGUUUUCCCAAUCGUUCUUUUCGAGCUCAUACUAACUCUGCCUUCUCGUUAGANGCCUUCUUCGGAAUUAUCCUUAUCAUCGGCAUUUUAGCCUUUCCGGAAUCUCCUCGAUGGCUGCUCAAGCACGGCAAGGAGAAAGAAGCUAUUCAGGUCAUGGCGCGUCUCAAGCAAUCAGAUGUUGACGAUGAGGACCUGAAGAAGGAGGUCAACGAGAUCAAGAAGAUCAACGAAAUCGCAGCAGGCACGAAACUUACGCUCAAAGAGUUCUUUUCGAAUGGGAAAGACAUGAAUCUGUGGCGCGCAUCAAUCGCUUUUCUGGCACAAGCAUUCCAGCAGAUUGGAGGCAUCAACCUUGUCACUUACUAUGCGACUGUUGUUUUUGAGGACUCUCUCGGCUUCGACCCAACAUUCGCCAGGCUGCUUACUGGUGUCUUGGGCACAGAGUAUUUCCUCGCUGCUCUGGUCGCUCUGUUCGUCGUAGACCGUCUGGGUAGACGCCGACUCAUGAUGUGGAACGCAGGAGGAAUGGCUCUGUGCAUGAUGGUAGCCGGCAUUGGCCUUUCAACAGGCACAAAAAGCGGUGCAUACGCAGCAACCGUCAUGAUAUUCCUUUUCAACACCUUCUUUGCCAUCGGCUGGCUUGGAAUCACCUGGCUCUAUCCAGCAGAAGUCACUCCCAUCCGCAUCCGAGCCGAAGCCAAUGGUCUUUCGACAUCGGCGAACUGGCUCUUCAACUAUGCUGUUGUACAGCUCUCGCCCAUCAUGAUCAAUUCGAUUGCAUGGAAGACAUACUUUGUCUUCAUGUGCUUCAAUUUUGCUUUCAUCCCCGUUGUAUACUACACUUUCGUGGAGACUAACGGUUACAAACUGGAAGCAAUGGAUGAGAUCUUCCACACUGCCCAUCAGAAUGGCGAGAAUCCUGUCAAGGUCGAAAAGAGAGUUCGCAAGGGUAACACUGAUGCGUUGGGUAUCCUGGAGAAGAGGUCGUCUGUAGGAAGCAAUGGUGAAAAGUUGGAGGACGAGAAGAAGGAAGAUGUCAACGCAGAGUAA